AUGCGACAAGUCCCUCUCACGGAAGAAUGGAAAAAGCAAGAUGGACUGGACGUGAAACUACAAAUCAGCUUGGUCUCAAACCCCAAUGAUAAAGAGGCAAUGGCCCAUGAUCUGGACACGCGAGGGCAGAAAGAGGACAUUCGCAAGCUGCAAGCUUACCCUCCAUACGUCGAACUCACUAAACCCUCAGGACUUAUGAUCAAAGGCAGCACCUGCAAGCUCGUCAUGCAAUUGCACGAGGAGGAUCUUUCAGCCUCCAAGAUAUCGCGCAAAGUUGCUCGAAAAACCAAGACGGAUUAUCAUUCCGCAAACGAGGUUGGAGAGCUGAUCCAAACUUGUACCUCCUUGGGGCUCGACGGCUCUUCGCCGCUAGCCACAGAAUACUGGGAGAACGAACCAAUCGAAGGCUGGUGGCUCAAGGAAGAGAGUUACUGUGAAGACUUGAGGCGGCAGCUGCCAGUGUCAGAGGAUAUUUGUGGAUAUGAUUGCAACAAUGGAUGGUGGAAGAACAAACAAAAGCAGGAAUACCGGGAUUGGGACCGCUUUGGCGACAGGUCAAUUGGUCCAGAGAGUCAGAGGCGAAGUUCCACAAGUCCUGGAAGUGUCCGGAAGUCUCAUAAAUGA